AUGUACAGUUAUGAGACUUUACCAUCAGAAUGGUUUGCAUCACGUAAACGACCACGAUCAUACCACUAUUUACCACCAAUGUCUCGACCUGUAUCAAAAAGUUUUAAUCGAAUAUCUGAUUUUAUAUUUCCUGAUACUGUUCAUAUUCGUCUUCAUCAACAACAGCCUGUCUAUCGACGAUAUCAACGAAAUGAAAAUUAUAGUUUACCUGUAUUAAAUCGACAUAAUAUCAAUCAACAUGAUUUAAUUGUUGUUGAACGUCUGCCUGUUGACGAACUUGCUAACGUCGACUUUCUCUAUCGUGAACAAUAUCAAAAUCAACAACAACAAUACGAACCAACUCGACAAGUUCGACGUCGUUAUUCAUCCAUAGUUGAUGAACGUCGAGCACCAUUCAAUGAAAAAAUGACUACAGGAUUAGUAGCUCGGCCAACUGCAUAUCGAGAACGAAUACGUGAUCGACGAAAACGUCAUACAACUGAUAAUGCAUAUCAUUCGUUGAUGAAAUCGAUGUUAGAAGAAGAAGAGUCUCAAUAUGUGAAUGCUCAUGGUGGUCCGAAUUAUAUACUUUCUUAUAGAACUACACUUGAUCCCAUUACGGAUUCGGAAUCAAUGGCAUCUGUGAAUCAACAACAACAACAACAACAGCAGCCACAAAAACAACAUACAAAUAAUAUUUCAGUAGACGAAUGGAAACAGCAAACUCAUUGUCGAGUACCAAUCAAUGGAACAAUACCUAUAAUGACUGAACGUGAACGUCCAAGACAACGACAACAUAGUUCAUCAUCAAGCAGUCGAGAUUCAUCAAGUGAUACAGAUAUUACUGCAAGACAUCCGACGACAAUAAACUAUACUCAUUGUCAGCAACAAUCAUCAUUUACUACUGCAUCAAAUGGCCCGCCGGCUAUUUCUAUGCCUCGUCCCGCUGUUUGGGAACGUCUUCAAUCUGAUCCUAUGCGUUUUCGACAUGAACCUGACAUAUUCAUUCCCAUUAACCCAGCAGCCGUAACAGACACAAACAAUCAAGAAACAACUUUCCAUUCUAAUAAUGUAAUCACUUCAUCACCAUUUGAUAACAUCGCUGAUUAUCAGACAAGUAAUCAAACAUCAUCUCAACCAGUACAAGAAUCAGCUCAUCAUGUUUCUUUGUGCGUGAAUGAUUUACAUACAACGUUAUUUAUUGAUGAAAAUGCGCUCAAUAAUACGAAGACAUCAAUGAAUAGUAAUAAUAAUAAUAAUAAUGGCAAAGCAGUCAUAAAAACAUUUAUUGAUCGAAUCAUUAAACGAUUACAACACUUUAAACGAUCGCUCGAUAAUGGAUUAAUUCAUGUACGAAAAAAAAAUACAUUAGUAAAUGGACCGAUUAUUUCAGCUGACUACCGUUCAAAAAGUGAGACUACAAGAAGAAAGAAUGAAUUAAUUCAAUCAAAUGAUUAUCAUCAUCAACAGAAUACUUCAUGGUCAGUAACAUUUGAUGGCGAUGAAGAAAAUAAACUUGUUCGACCAUAUUUUUUAAUCCGACCACAACCAGUGCUUGUGUUACCCAAUGAAAUAGCUAAAUUCAAAUGUUGUUUUGGUGGCGACCCACUUCCAACUAUUGUUUGGUCUCAUAAUGAUUCACGUAUACCAGAGAUAAUUGCCGCUGGCGGUUCAACAUCAUCACAAUAUCGAACAUACAAACUUCAUGAUAUAAAUUAUUUGGAUAUUGGACCAGUUAAUAUUCGUGAUAAUGGCCAAAUAAAAUGUACAUUAAUGAAUAGAUAUGGUCGAGAAGAAGCAAUUGCUCAAUUAACUGUUGUUUCUUCAGCUUCCGAUGCUACACCACGUAUCACACAACCACUCAAUGAUAUAACUAUAAUUGAAGGUCGUCCUUUAAAAUUGUCAUGUGGUAUUGUCGGUUUACAAGUGGCUGUGAACUGGUUUCAUAAUAACAAUUUAAUUUCAUCAACGACACAAGUAAAAACGGAUUAUAACGGUGAAAAUGCCAUUUUUUCUCUUUCUCGUUGUAUGAGAACGGAUGCUGGCACUAUUGAUUGUAUUGUCAAAAAUCGAUUUGGUGAAGCCAGAACAAGUUGUCGGGUUGAAGUAGUCAAUGAUCCUGAAUUUGACCGGUGA